UCCACAUUCGCAUUAUUUCUCGAUACAACAUCCCAUCAUGUUGAAGUUCGCGGUAUUUUUAAUAAUAACAAGCUUGGUAUGUUCAGUAAAGGGUGAUAAGCUUGACGACAUGCCUUGGGAACCAGGAGAUUUGAUCACAUGCAAAUUAUCAGGUGUCGGUGGCUUCUUUGGUUUCAAACAUUAUAUGAUAGGAAGUGAUACACCAAGGCAUGUGAUAACAGUUCUUAACAAUAAGGGUGAUGGACGAAUCGAAGACAUACAUCAAGCACAAUUUACAAGAGGCAUAAACAGAUCUCGAUGUAGAAAUAGGGGAAAAGGAAAACUAACAAGGGAAGAAACGAUUGAACGUGCUAAGAGAUGGGUGGGAACGAAAUUCACCUAUAAUCUGUUUCGUUGUAAUUGCCAACACUGGACAAAUGACUGGACGAAGGGUUCAUCUGGUAGAUGGUAUAAUAAUCAGUCUCUUCGACCAUCAGCAAGAUAUUGUCCAAUUUAGCCCAGAGGAAUUCAUAAAGUAUUAAUGAUACUUUGGCAUCCUAUCGUCGAUUUUAUAUUAAUAAAUAAUAAUAAUAAUAAUUUUUAUGUAUAUUACAAUAAAUUUGGUUGUU